AUGUUGGUGACGGGUCUCUUCUUUUUGUACUUCUGUGCUAAUUUGAGUGGGGCAGCAGUGUACGACAUCUUCACUGGAGAAUCCCUCUCGGAUGAACAGCUUUCCACAUAUCAAGAUGCAAAUUUAACGGAAACAUGCACAGUCAAUAUUACAUCUUGCGACACAGAAGAGUUAAGACGAGUUGAUGGCUCGUGUAAUAAUCUUAAUAAACCUGCUAAGGGAGUUUCUUUGACGCCACCGAAAAGGAUUGUACUUCCAGUCUUCGAUAAUGAUUACAAUCCAAGAAAAGCAGUAUCAGGCAAUAGUUUGCCAGUAUCAAGGGAUAUUGGGCAAACGAUAUUGUCUGGCUACAAACGCAAUGACUGCAAUUUCACUCAACUCAUGACAAGUUUCGGAAUGUUCAUGUUUUGGGAUGUCGGAGCUUUAAACAAUUCACGUUGGUACCCGGGUAAGAAUACUUUAUUAAGUUACCAAGAACUUGGGUGCACCAACGACUCUGUUCUGACACCGGUCGUGGACGUGACGAAUGUAUUCGACCUGUCAGGGAUUUACAAUCCAGGGAAUAAUGGCGACAAAGAAAUCCGAUCUUAUGUUGGAGGAGAACUAAUAGAUGUCGAUGAUAAAAACGAAACGGACUCGUCUUUGAACGACGAAUGCGAAUAUAGGCGAUAUGAAAAUUUUCCAACCCUACCUCUUAAACUGAUGAGGAUUUGGUUUGCAAAGCUCCACAACUACAUUGCUGGUCAUUUAGCUGUUCUCAAUCCUUGCUGGGAUGAUGAGAGACUGUUCAAAGAAUCAAGAGAAAUCAACAUUGCUUUUUUCUUACAAACUUUUCUAUAUGAAUGGUUAGAGUUAUUCGAAGGACGUGAACAUCUAAUCAACGUUGGAAUUCUAGCAAACAACACUGGAUUCAGGGAUAUUUAUGACGAAACUAAAUACCCGACAGUUUCUUUAGAGUUUCUCUAUAUUUCUAGCUGGUUCUUAACUACUCUAGAUAUAAAUGCUGAAAUGUACGACAAGAAUGGAAAUUAUGUGGAUGAAAUUAAUAUGUUGAAAAUUAAAUCGAUAGAAAAGUUUUUGAAUGAGGAUAACAAUAGAGAAAACUUGAUACAAGGACAGUUUAGGCAACCGUCUCGAAAAAUCGAUCAUACUUUUGAUAAAGAGACUGCUUACUUGAUGGCCAGCAGUUUAGAUGGUGGUGAAGAUUUUGUUACCAGUGAGUUGGAUAUGGGUCGUAAUUUAGGCAUAGCCCCAUACAUAGACUACGUUUAUUACUGCACUGGAAGAAAUAUCACAGAUUUUAACGAUUUGCACGAUUAUAUGGACAAUGAGAAUGUAUUAAAACUGAUGAACCAUUACGAGAAUGUUGCGGACAUUGAACUUUUGGUGGGAAUUUGGAACGAAGUGGUCAUGAAAGGAGGACACUUGCCACCAACGCUAGCUUGCUUGAUGAACGAGAAUAUUCUCAAGACCAUACAAGCUGAUAGACAUUGGUAUGAAAGACCUAAUCGACCACAUGCUUUUACAUACGAACAACUUCAAGAGAUCAGGAAAGCAUCGGCUGCUUUAUUACUUUGCAGUGUAGGAGACGGUGUUGGAGAAAUUCAACAUAAUGCUUUCUUGAACAUCAAUUCUAACAAUCAAGUUGUGAAUUGUUCUGAAAUCGAAACUAUUGACUUCUCAUUCUGGAUGGAUAAAUCAUGUGAUUGUACCGAUGCUGCAACCAAUGAGACUGUCAUAGGAGUGACCACAGAACCUGCCACUUCUGAUUCUUCCACCACUGAGGCGUGUGCCAGUGAUGUCGUUAUCACUGAGGUCUCUGACGUCACCACUGACGUUGCAACGGAUUCAGACACCACUGACGUUGCAACCACUGAGCCUGUCGUUGAAGUGACCACCGACGCUACUGCUUCAGGAUCAUCUACCACUGAGGCGGACAAUAUUGUUGUCGGAACAACUGAGGUAUCUGACGUCCCCACUAACGCUUCGACGGAAUCAGACACCACUGACGCUGCAACCACUGAGCCUGUCGUUGAAGUGACCACCGGCGCUACUGCUUCAGGAUCAUCUACCACUGAGGCGGACAAUAUUGUUGUCGGUACAACUGAGGUCUCUGACGUCACUACUAAUGCUUCGACGGAUCCAGACACCACUGACGUUGCAACCACUGAGCCUGUCGUUGAAAUGACCACCGACGCUACUGCUUCAGGAUCAUCUACCACUGAGGCGGACAAUAUUGUUGUAGGAACAACUGAGGUAUCUGACGUCCCCACUAACGCUUCGACGGAAUCAGACACCACUGACGCUGCAACCACUGAGCCUGUCGUUGAAGUGACCACCGGCGCUACUGCUUCAGGAUCAUCUACCACUGAGGCGGACAAUAUUGUUGUCGGUACAACUGAGGUCUCUGACGUCACUACUAACGCUUCGACGGAAUCAGACACCACAGACGCUGCAACCACUGAGCCAGUCGUUGAAGUGACCACCGACGCUACUGCUUCAGGAUCAUCUACCCCUGAGGCGGACAAUAUUGUUGUCGGUACAACUGAGGUCUCUGACGUCACCACUGACGCUGCAACGGUAUCAGACACCACUGAGCCUGUCGUUGAAGUGACCACCGACGCUACUGCUUCAGGAUCAUCUACCACUGAGGCGGACAAUAUGGUUGUCGGAACGACUGAGGUAUCUGACGUCACUACUAACGCUUCGACAGGAUCAGACACAACUGACGCUGCAACCACUGAGUCUGUCGUUGAAGUGACCACCGGCGCUACUGCUUCAGGAUCAUCUACCACUGAGGCGGACAAUAUUGUUGUCGGAACAACUGAGGUGUCUGACGUCACUACUAACGCUUCGACGGAAUCAGACACAACUGACGCUGCAACCACUGAGCCAGUCGUUGAAGUGACCACCGACGCUACUGCUUCAGGAUCAUCUACCACUGAGGCGGACAAUAUUGUUGUCGGAUCAUCUACCACUGAGGCGGACAAUAUUGUUGUCGGUACAACUGAGGUCUCUGACGUCACCACUGACGCUGCAACGGUAUCAGACACCACUGACGCUGCAACCACUGAGCCUGUCGUUGAAGUGACCACCGGCGCUACUGCUUCAGGAUCAUCUACCACUGAGGCGGACAAUAUUGUUGUCGGUACAACUGAGGUCUCUGACGUCACCACUGACGCUACAACGGUAUCAGACACCACUGACGCUGCAACCACUGAGCCUGUCGUUGAAGUGACCACCGACGCUACUGCUUCAGGAUCAUCUACCACUGAGGCGGACAAUAUUGUUGUCGGUACAACUGAGGUCUCUGACGUCACCACUGACGCUACAACGGUUCCCCUGACGCUGCACCAACAACUGAGCCUGUCGUUGAAGUCUCUGACGUCACCACUGACGCUACAACGGUAUCAGGACACCACUGACGCUGCAACCACUGAGCCUGUCGUUGAAGUGACCACCGACGCUACUGCUUCAGGAUCAUCUACCACUGAGGCGGACAAUAUUGUUGUCGGUACAACUGAGGUCUCUGACGUCACCACUGACGCUACAACGGUAUCAGACACCACUGACGCUGCAACCACUGAGCCUGUCGUUGAAGUGACCACCGACGCUACUGCUUCAGGAUCAUCUACCACUGAGGCGGACAAUAUUGUUGUCGGUACAACUGAGGUCUCUGACGUCACCACUGACGCUGCAACGGUAUCAGACACCACUGACGCUGCAACCACUGAGCCUGUCGUUGAAGUGACCACCGACGCUACUGCUUCAGGAUCAUCUACCACUGAGGCGGACAAUAUUGUUGUCGGUACAACUGAGGUCUCUGACGUCACCACUGACGCUGCAACGGUAUCAGACACCACUGACGCUGCAACCACUGAGCCUGUCGUUGAAGUGACCACCGACGCUACUGCUUCAGGAUCAUCUACCACUGAGGCGGACAAUAUUGUUGUCGGUACAACUGAGGUCUCUGACGUCACCACUGACGCUACAACGGUAUCAGACACCACUGACGCUGCAACCACUGAGCCUGUCGUUGAAGUGACCACCGACGCUACUGCUUCAGGAUCAUCUACCACUGAGGCGGACAAUAUUGUUGUCGACACCACUGACGCUGCAACCACUGAGCCUGUCGUUGAAGUGACCACCGACGCUACUGCUUCAGGAUCAUCUACCACUGAGGCGGACAAUAUUGUUGUCGGUACAACUGAGGUCUCUGACGUCACCACUGACGCUGCAACGGUAUCAGACACCACUGACGCUGCAACCACUGAGCCUGUCGUUGAAGUGACCACCGACGCUACUGCUUCAGGAUCAUCUACCACUGAGGCGGACAAUAUUGUUGUCGGUACAACUGAGGUCUCUGACGUCACCACUGACGCUACAACGGUAUCAGACACCACUGACGCUGCAACCACUGAGCCUGUCGUUGAAGUGACCACCGACGCUACUGCUUCAGGAUCAUCUACCACUGAGGCGGACAAUAUUGUUGUCGGUACAACUGAGGUCUCUGACGUCACCACUGACGCUGCAACGGUAUCAGACACCACUGACGCUGCAACCACUGAGCCUGUCGUUGAAGUGACCACCGACGCUACUGCUUCAGGAUCAUCUACCACUGAGGCGGACAAUAUUGUUGUCGGUACAACUGAGGUCUCUGACGUCACCACUGACGCUGCAACGCCUGUCGUUGAAGUGACCACCGACGCUACUGCUUCAGGAUCAUCUACCACUGAGGCGGACAAUAUUGUUGUCGGUACAACUGAGGUCUCUGACGUCACCACUGACGCUACAACGGUAUCAGACACCACUGACGCUGCAACCACUGAGCCUGUCGUUGAAGUGACCACCGACGCUACUGCUUCAGGAUCAUCUACCACUGAGGCGGACAAUAUUGUUGUCGGUACAACUGAGGUCUCUGACGUCACCACUGACGCUACAACGGUAUCAGACACCACUGACGCUGCAACCACUGAGCCUGUCGUUGAAGUGACCACCGACGCUACUGCUUCAGGAUCAUCUACCACUGAGGCGGACAAUAUUGUUGUCGGUACAACUGAGGUCUCUGACGUCACCACUGACGCUGCAACGGUAUCAGACACCACUGACGCUGCAACCACUGAGCCUGUCGUUGAAGUGACCACCGACGCUACUGCUUCAGGAUCAUCUACCACUGAGGCGGACAAUAUUGUUGUCGGUACAACUGAGGUCUCUGACGUCACCACUGACGCUGCAACGGUAUCAGACACCACUGACGCUGCAACCACUGAGCCUGUCGUUGAAGUGACCACCGACGCUACUGCUUCAGGAUCAUCUACCACUGAGGCGGACAAUAUUGUUGUCGGUACAACUGAGGUCUCUGACGUCACCACUGACGCUACAACGGUAUCAGACACCACUGACGCUGCAACCACUGAGCCUGUCGUUGAAGUGACCACCGACGCUACUGCUUCAGGAUCAUCUACCACUGAGGCGGACAAUAUUGUUGUCGGUACAACUGAGGUCUCUGACGUCACCACUGACGCUGCAACGGUAUCAGACACCACUGACGCUGCAACCACUGAGCCUGUCGUUGAAGUGACCACCGACGCUACUGCUUCAGGAUCAUCUACCACUGAGGCGGACAAUAUUGUUGUCGGUACAACUGAGGUCUCUGACGUCACCACUGACGCUGCAACGCCUGUCGUUGAAGUGACCACCGACGCUACUGCUUCAGGAUCAUCUACCACUGAGGCGGACAAUAUUGUUGUCGGUACAACUGAGGUCUCUGACGUCACCACUGACGCUGCAACGGUAUCAGACACCACUGACGCUGCAACCACUGAGCCUGUCGUUGAAGUGACCACCGACGCUACUGCUUCAGGAUCAUCUACCACUGAGGCGGACAAUAUUGUUGUCGGUACAACUGAGGUCUCUGACGUCACCACUGACGCUGCAACGGUAUCAGACACCACUGACGCUGCAACCACUGAGCCUGUCGUUGAAGUGACCACCGACGCUACUGCUUCAGGAUCAUCUACCACUGAGGCGGACAAUAUUGUUGUCGGUACAACUGAGGUCUCUGACGUCACCACUGACGCUGCAACGGUAUCAGACACCACUGACGCUGCAACCACUGAGCCUGUCGUUGAAGUGACCACCGACGCUACUGCUUCAGGAUCAUCUACCACUGAGGCGGACAAUAUUGUUGUCGGUACAACUGAGGUCUCUGACGUCACCACUGACGCUGCAACGGUAUCAGACACCACUGACGCUGCAACCACUGAGCCUGUCGUUGAAGUGACCACCGACGCUACUGCUUCAGGAUCAUCUACCACUGAGGCGGACAAUAUUGUUGUCGGUACAACUGAGGUCUCUGACGUCACCACUGACGCUUCGAACGGAUCAUCUACCACUGAGGCGGACAAUAUUGUUGUCGGUACAACUGAGGUCUCUGACGUCACCACUGACGCUGCAACGGUAUCAGACACCACUGACGCUGCAACCACUGAGCCUGUCGUUGAAGUGACCACCGACGCUACUGCUUCAGGAUCAUCUACCACUGAGGCGGACAAUAUUGUUGUCGGUACAACUGAGGUCUCUGACGUCACCACUGACGCUGCAACGGUAUCAGACACCACUGACGCUGCAACCACUGAGCCUGUCGUUGAAGUGACCACCGACGCUACUGCUUCAGGAUCAUCUACCACUGAGGCGGACAAUAUUGUUGUCGGUACAACUGAGGUCUCUGACGUCACCACUGACGCUGCAACGGUAUCAGACACCACUGACGCUGCAACCACUGAGCCUGUCGUUGAAGUGACCACCGACGCUACUGCUUCAGGAUCAUCUACCACUGAGGCGGACAAUAUUGUUGUCGGUACAACUGAGGUCUCUGACGUCACCACUGACGCUGCAACGGAAUCAGACACCACUGACGCUGCAACCACUGAGCCUGUCGUUGAAGUGACCACCGACGCUACUGCUUCAGGAUCAUCUACCACUGAGGCGGACAAUAUUGUUGUCGGUACAACUGAGGUCUCUGACGUCACCACUGACGCUGCAACGGUAUCAGACACCACUGACGCUGCAACCACUGAGCCUGUCGUUGAAGUGACCACCGACGCUACUGCUUCAGGAUCAUCUACCACUGAGGCGGACAAUAUUGUUGUCGGUACAACUGAGGUCUCUGACGUCACCACUGACGCUUCAACGGAAUCAGACACCACUGACGCUGCAACCACUGAGCCUGUCGUUGAAGUGACCACCGACGCUACUGCUUCAGGAUCAUCUACCACUGAGGCGGACAAUAUUGUUGUCGGUACAACUGAGGUCUCUGACGUCACCACUGACGCUUCAACGGUAUCAGACACCACUGACGCUGCAACCACUGAGCCUGUCGUUGAAGUGACCACCGACGCUACUGCUUCAGGAUCAUCUACCACUGAGGCGGACAAUAUUGUUGUCGGUACAACUGAGGUCUCUGACGUCACUACUAACGCUUCGACGGAAUCAGACACCACUGACGCUGCAACCACUGAGCCUGUCGUUGAAGUGACCACCGACGCUACUGCUUCAGGAUCAUCUACCACUGAGGCGGACAAUAUUGUUGUCGGUACAACUGAGGUCUCUGACGUCACCACUGACGCUACAACGGUAUCAGACACCACUGACGCUGCAACCACUGAGCCUGUCGUUGAAGUGACCACCGACGCUACUGCUUCAGGAUCAUCUACCACUGAGGCGGACAAUAUUGUUGUCGGUACAACUGAGGUCUCUGACGUCACUACUAACGCUUCGACGGAAUCAGACACCACUGACGCUGAAACCACUGAGCCUGUCGUUGAAGUGACCACCGACGCUACUGCUUCAGGAUCAUCUACCACUGAGGCGGACAAUAUUGUUGUCGGUACAACUGAGGUCUCUGACGUCACCACUGACGCUGCAACGGUAUCAGACACCACUGACGCUGCAACCACUGAGCCUGUCGUUGAAGUGACCACCGACGCUACUGCUUCAGGAUCAUCUACCACUGAGGCGGACAAUAUUGUUGUCGGUACAACUGAGGUCUCUGACGUCACCACUGACGCUGCAACGGUAUCAGACACCACUGACGCUGCAACCACUGAGCCUGUCGUUGAAGUGACCACCGACGCUACUGCUUCAGGAUCAUCUACCACUGAGGCGGACAAUAUUGUUGUCGGUACAACUGAGGUCUCUGACGUCACCACUGACGCUGCAACGCCUGUCGUUGAAGUGACCACCGACGCUACUGCUUCAGGAUCAUCUACCACUGAGGCGGACAAUAUUGUUGUCGGUACAACUGAGGUCUCUGACGUCACCACUGACGCUGCAACGGUAUCAGACACCACUGACGCUGCAACCACUGAGCCUGUCGUUGAAGUGACCACCGACGCUACUGCUUCAGGAUCAUCUACCACUGAGGCGGACAAUAUUGUUGUCGGUACAACUGAGGUCUCUGACGUCACCACUGACGCUGCAACGGUAUCAGACACCACUGACGCUGCAACCACUGAGCCUGUCGUUGAAGUGACCACCGACGCUACUGCUUCAGGAUCAUCUACCACUGAGGCGGACAAUAUUGUUGUCGGUACAACUGAGGUCUCUGACGUCACCACUGACGCUACAACGGUAUCAGACACCACUGACGCUGCAACCACUGAGCCUGUCGUUGAAGUGACCACCGACGCUACUGCUUCAGGAUCAUCUACCACUGAGGCGGACAAUAUUGUUGUCGGUACAACUGAGGUCUCUGACGUCACCACUGACGCUACAACGGUAUCAGACACCACUGACGCUGCAACCACUGAGCCUGUCGUUGAAGUGACCACCGACGCUACUGCUUCAGGAUCAUCUACCACUGAGGCGGACAAUAUUGUUGUCGGUACAACUGUGGUCUCUGACGUCACCACUGACGCUGCAACCACUGAGCCUGUCGUUGAAGUGACCACCGACGCUACUGCUUCAGGAUCAUCUACCACUGAGGCGGACAAUAUUGUUGUCGGUACAACUGAGGUCUCUGACGUCACCACUGACGCUGCAACGGUAUCAGACACCGCUGACGCUGCAACCACUGAGCCUGUCGUUGAAGUGACCACCGACGCUACUGCUUCAGGAUCAUCUACCAUUGAGGCGGACAAUAUUGUUGUCGGUACAACUGAGGUUUCUGACGUCACCACUGACGCUACAACGGUAUCAGACACCACUGACGCUGCAACCACUGAGCCUGUCGUUGAAGUGACCACCGACGCUACUGCUUCAGGAUCAUCUACCACUGAGGCGGACAAUAUUGUUGUCGGUACAACUGAGGUCUCUGACGUGACCACUGACGCUACAACGGUAUCAGACACCACUGACGCUGCAACCACUGAGCCUGUCGUUGAAGUGACCACCGACGCUACUGCUUCAGGAUCAUCUACCACUGAGGCGGACAAUAUUGUUGUCGGUACAACUGAGGUCUCUGACGUGACCACUGACGCUACAACGGUAUCAGACACCACUGACGCUGCAACCACUGAGUCUGUCGUUGAAGUGACCACCGACGCUACUGCUUCAGGAUCAUCUACCACUGAGGCGGACAAUAUUGUUGUCGGUACUACUGAGGUCUCUGACGUCACCACUGACGCUGCAACCACUGAGCCUGACGUUGAAGUGACCACCGACGCUACUGCUUCAGGAUCAUAUACCCCUGAGGCGGACAAUAUUGUUGUCGGAACAACUGAGGUCUCUGACGUCACCAAUGACGCUACAACGGUAUCAGACACCACUGACGCUGCAACCACUGAGCCUGUCGUUGAAGUGACCACCGACGCUACUGCUUCAGGAUCAUCUACCACUGAGGCGGACAAUAUUGUUGUCGGUACAACUGAGGUCUCUGACGUCACCACUGACGCUGCAACGGUAUCAGACACCACUGACGCUGCAACCACUGAGCCUGUCGUUGAAGUGACCACCGACGCUACUGCUUCAGGAUCAUCUACCACUGAGGCGGACAAUAUUGUUGUCGGUACAACUGAGGUCUCUGACGUCACCACUGACGCUGCAACAACUGAGCCUGUCGUUGAAGUGACCACCGACGCUAAUGCUUCAGGAUCAUCUACCACUGAGGCGGACAAUAUUGUUGUCGGUACAACUGAGGUCUCUGACGUCACCACUGACGCUGCAACGGUAUCAGACACCACUGACGCUGCAACCACUGAGCCUGUCGUUGAAGUGACCACCGACGCUAAUGCUUCAGGAUCAUCUACCACUGAGGCGGACAAUAUUGUUGUCGGUACAACUGAGGUCUCUGACGUCACCACUGACGCUACAACGGUAUCAGACACCACUGACGCUGCAACCACUGAGCCUGUCGUUGAAGUGACCACCGACGCUACUGCUUCAGGAUCAUCUACCACUGAGGCGGACAAUAUUGUUGUCGGUACAACUGAGGUCUCUGACGUCACCACUAACGCUUCGACGGAAUCAGACACAACUGACGCUGCAACCACUGAGCCUGUCGUUGAAGUGACCACCGACGCUACUGCUUCAGGAUCAUCUACCACUGAGGCGGACAAUAUUGUUGUCGGUACAACUGAGGUCUCUGACGUCACAACUGACGCUGCAACGGUAUCAGACACCACUGACGCUGCAACCACUGAGCCUGUCGUUGAAGUGACCACCGACGCUACUGCUUCAGGAUCAUCUACCACUGAGGCGGACAAUAUUGUUGUCGGUACAACUGAGGUCUCUGACGUCACCACUGACGCUACAACGGUAUCAGACACCACUGACGCUGCAACCACUGAGCCUGUCGUUGAAGUGACCACCGACGCUACUGCUUCAGGAUCAUCUACCACUGAGGCGGACAAUAUUGUUGUCGGUACAACUGAGGUCUCUGACGUCACCACUGACGCUGCAACAACUGAGGCUGUCGUUGAAGUGACCACCGACGCUACUGCUUCAGGAUCAUCUACCACUGAGGCGGACAAUAUUGUUGUCGGUACAACUGAGGUCUCUGACGUCACCACUGACGCUGCAACGGUAUCAGACACCACUGACGCUGCAACCACUGAGCCUGUCGUUGAAGUGACCACCGACGCUAAUGCUUCAGGAUCAUCUACCACUGAGGCGGACAAUAUUGUUGUCGGUACAACUGAGGUCUCUGACGUCACCACUGACGCUACAACGGUAUCAGACACCACUGACGCUGCAACCACUGAGCCUGUCGUUGAAGUGACCACCGACGCUACUGCUUCAGGAUCAUCUACCACUGAGGCGGACAAUAUUGUUGUCGGUACAACUGAGGUCUCUGACGUCACCACUGACGCUGCAACGGUAUCAGACACCACUGACGCUGCAACCACUGAGCCUGUCGUUGAAGUGACCACCGACGCUACUGCUUCAGGAUCAUCUACCACUGAGGCGGACAAUAUUGUUGUCGGUACAACUGAGGUCUCUGACGUGACCACUGACGCUACAACGGUAUCAGACACCACUGACGCUGCAACCACUGAGUCUGUCGUUGAAGUGACCACCGACGCUACUGCUUCAGGAUCAUCUACCACUGAGGCGGACAAUAUUGUUGUCGGUACUACUGAGGUCUCUGACGUCACCACUGACGCUACAACGGUAUCAGACACCACUGACGCUGCAACCACUGAGCCUGUCGUUGAAGUGACCACCGACGCUACUGCUUCAGGAUCAUCUACCACUGAGGCGGACAAUAUUGUUGUCGGUACAACUGAGGUCUCUGACGUCACCACUGACGCUGCAACAACUGAGCCUGUCGUUGAAGUGACCACCGACGCUACUGCUUCAGGAUCAUCUACCACUGAGGCGGACAAUAUUGUUGUCGGUACAACUGAGGUCUCUGACGUCACCACUGACGCUGCAACGGUAUCAGACACCACUGACGCUGCAACCACUGAGCCUGUCGUUGAAGUGACCACCGACGCUACUGCUUUAGGAUCAUCUACCACUGAGGCGGACAAUAUUGUUGUCGGUACAACUGAGGUCUCUGACGUCACCACUGACGCUACAACGGUAUCAGCCACCACUGACGCUGCAACCACUGAGCCUGUCGUUGAAGUGACCACCGACGCUACUGCUUCAGGAUCAUCUACCACUGAGGCGGACAAUAUUGUUGUCGGUACAACUGAGGUCUCUGACGUCACCACUGACGCUGCAACGGUAUCAGACACCACUGACGCUGCAACCACUGAGCCUGUCGUUGAAGUGACCACCGACGCUACUGCUUCAGGAUCAUCUACCACUGAGGUGGACAAUAUUGUUGUCGGUACAACUGAGGUCUCUGACGUCACUACUAACGCUUCGACGGAAUCAGACACCAUUGACGCUGAAACCACUGAGCCUGUCGUUGAAGUGACCACCGACGCUACUGCUUCAGGAUCAUCUACCACUGAGGCGGACAAUAUUGUUGUCGGUACAACUGAGGUCUCUGACAUCACCACUGACGCUACAACGGUAUCAGACACCACUGAUGCUGCAACCACUGAGCCUGUCGUUGAAGUGACCACCGACGCUACUGCUUCAGGAUCAUCUACCAUUGAGGCGGACAAUAUUGUUGUCGGUACAACUGAGGUUUCUGACGUCACCACUGACGCUACAACGGUAUCAGACACCACUGACGCUGCAACCACUGAGCCUGUCGUUGAAGUGACCACCGACGCUACUGCUUCAGGAUCAUCUACCACUGAGGCGGACAAUAUUGUUGUCGGUACAACUGAGGUCUCUGACGUGACCACUGACGCUACAACAACUGAGCCUGUCGUUGAAGUGACCACCGACGCUACUGCUUCAGGAUCAUCUACCACUGAGGCGGACAAUAUUGUUGUCGGUACAACUGAGGUCUCUGACGUCACCACUGACGCUGCAACGGUAUCAGACACCACUGACGCUGCAACCACUGAGCCUGUCGUUGAAGUGACCACCGACGCUAAUGCUUCAGGAUCAUCUACCACUGAGGCGGACAAUAUUGUUGUCGGUACAACUGAGGUCUCUGACGUCACCACUGACGCUACAACGGUAUCAGACACCACUGACGCUGCAACCACUGAGCCUGUCGUUGAAGUGACCACCGACGCUACUGCUUCAGGAUCAUCUACCACUGAGGCGGACAAUAUUGUUGUCGGUACAACUGAGGUCUCUGACGUCACCACUGACGCUGCAACAACUGAGGCUGUCGUUGAAGUGACCACCGACGCUACUGCUUCAGGAUCAUCUACCACUGAGGCGGACAAUAUUGUUGUCGGUACAACUGAGGUCUCUGACGUCACCACUAACGCUUCGACGGAAUCAGACACAACUGACGCUGCAACCACUGAGCCUGUCGUUGAAGUGACCACCGACGCUACUGCUUCAGGAUCAUCUACCACUGAGGCGGACAAUAUUGUUGUCGGUACAACUGAGGUCUCUGACGUCACCACUGACGCUGCAACGGUAUCAGACACCACUGACGCUGCAACCACUGAGCCUGUCGUUGAAGUGACCACCGACGCUAAUGCUUCAGGAUCAUCUACCACUGAGGCGGACAAUAUUGUUGUCGGUACAACUGAGGUCUCUGACGUCACCACUGACGCUACAACGGUAUCAGACACCACUGACGCUGCAACCACUGAGCCUGUCGUUGAAGUGACCACCGACGCUACUGCUUCAGGAUCAUCUACCACUGAGGCGGACAAUAUUGUUGUCGGUACAACUGAGGUCUCUGACGUCACCACUGACGCUGCAACAACUGAGCCUGUCGUUGAAGUGACCACCGACGCUACUGCUUCAGGAUCAUCUACCACUGAGGCGGACAAUAUUGUUGUCGGUACAACUGAGGUCUCUGACGUCACCACUGACGCUGCAACGGUAUCAGACACCACUGACGCUGCAACCACUGAGCCUGUCGUUGAAGUGACCACCGACGCUACUGCUUUAGGAUCAUCUACCACUGAGGCGGACAAUAUUGUUGUCGGUACAACUGAGGUCUCUGACGUCACCACUGACGCUACAACGGUAUCAGGCACCACUGACGCUGCAACCACUGAGCCUGUCGUUGAAGUGACCACCGACGCUAAUGCUUCAGGAUCAUCUACCACUGAGGCGGACAAUAUUGUUGUCGGUACAACUGAGGUCUCUGACGUCACCACUGACGCUACAACGGUAUCAGACACCACUGACGCUGCAACCACUGAGCCUGUCGUUGAAGUGACCACCGACGCUACUGCUUCAGGAUCAUCUACCACUGAGGCGGACAAUAUUGUUGUCGGUACAACUGAGGUCUCUGACGUCACCACUGACGCUGCAACGGUAACAGACACCACUGACGCUGCAACCACUGAGCCUGUCGUUGAAGUGACCACCGACGCUAAUGCUUCAGGAUCAUCUACCACUGAGGCGGACAAUAUUGUUGUCGGUACAACUGAGGUCUCUGACGUCACCACUGACGCUACAACGGUAUCAGACACCACUGACGCUGCAACCACUGAGCCUGUCGUUGAAGUGACCACCGACGCUACUGCUUCAGGAUCAUCUACCACUGAGGCGGACAAUAUUGUUGUCGGUACAACUGAGGUCUCUGACGUCACCACUGACGCUGCAACAACUGAGGCUGUCGUUGAAGUGACCACCGACGCUACUGCUUCAGGAUCAUCUACCACUGAGGCGGACAAUAUUGUUGUCGGUACAACUGAGGUCUCUGACGUCACCACUAACGCUUCGACGGAAUCAGACACAACUGACGCUGCAACCACUGAGCCUGUCGUUGAAGUGACCACCGACGCUACUGCUUCAGGAUCAUCUACCACUGAGGCGGACAAUAUUGUUGUCGGUACAACUGAGGUCUCUGACGUCACCACUGACGCUGCAACGGUAUCAGACACCACUGACGCUGCAACCACUGAGCCUGUCGUUGAAGUGACCACCGACGCUAAUGCUUCAGGAUCAUCUACCACUGAGGCGGACAAUAUUGUUGUCGGUACAACUGAGGUCUCUGACGUCACCACUGACGCUACAACGGUAUCAGACACCACUGACGCUGCAACCACUGAGCCUGUCGUUGAAGUGACCACCGACGCUACUGCUUCAGGAUCAUCUACCACUGAGGCGGACAAUAUUGUUGUCGGUACAACUGAGGUCUCUGACGUCACCACUGACGCUGCAACAACUGAGCCUGUCGUUGAAGUGACCACCGACGCUACUGCUUCAGGAUCAUCUACCACUGAGGCGGACAAUAUUGUUGUCGGUACAACUGAGGUCUCUGACGUCACCACUGACGCUGCAACGGUAUCAGACACCACUGACGCUGCAACCACUGAGCCUGUCGUUGAAGUGACCACCGACGCUACUGCUUUAGGAUCAUCUACCACUGAGGCGGACAAUAUUGUUGUCGGUACAACUGAGGUCUCUGACGUCACCACUGACGCUACAACGGUAUCAGGCACCACUGACGCUGCAACCACUGAGCCUGUCGUUGAAGUGACCACCGACGCUACUGCUUCAGGAUCAUCUACCACUGAGGCGGACAAUAUUGUUGUCGGUACAACUGAGGUCUCUGACGUCACCACUGACGCUGCAACGGUAUCAGACACCACUGACGCUGCAACCACUGAGCCUGUCGUUGAAGUGACCACCGACGCUACUGCUUCAGGAUCAUCUACCACUGAGGUGGACAAUAUUGUUGUCGGUACAACUGAGGUCUCUGACGUCACUACUAACGCUUCGACGGAAUCAGACACCAUUGACGCUGAAACCACUGAGCCUGUCGUUGAAGUGACCACCGACGCUACUGCUUCAGGAUCAUCUACCACUGAGGCGGACAAUAUUGUUGUCGGUACAACUGAGGUCUCUGACAUCACCACUGACGCUACAACGGUAUCAGACACCACUGAUGCUGCAACCACUGAGCCUGUCGUUGAAGUGACCACCGACGCUACUGCUUCAGGAUCAUCUACCACUGAGGCGGACAAUAUUGUUGUCGGUACAACUGAGGUCUCUGACGUCACCACUAUCGCUUCGACGGAAUCAGACACAACUGACGCUGCAACCACUGAGCCUGUCGUUGAAGUGACCACCGACGCUACUGCUUCAGGAUCAUCUACCACUGAGGCGGACAAUAUUGUUGUCGGUACAACUGAGGUCUCUGACGUCACCACUGACGCUGCAACGGUAUCAGACACCACUGACGCUGCAACCACUGAGCCUGUCGUUGAAGUGACCACCGACGCUACUGCUUCAGGAUCAUCUACCACUGAGGCGGACAAUAUUGUUGUCGUUACAACUGAGGCCUCUGACGUCACCACUGACGCUGCAACGGUAUCAGACACAACUGACGCUGCAACCACUGAGCCAGUCGUUGAAGUGACCACCGACGCUACUGCUUCAGGAUCAUCUACCACUGAGGAGUGUGCCAGUGAUGUCAUAACCACAGAAGUCAGCGACGUCACCACUGACGCUGCAACGGUAUCAGACACCACUGACGCUGCAACCACUGAGCCUGUCGUUGAAGUGACCACCGACGCUACUGCUUCAGGAUCAUCUACCACUGAGGCGGACAAUAUUGUUGUCGGUACAACUGAGGUCUCUGACGUCACCACUGACGCUGCAACGGUAUCAGACACCACUGACGCUGCAACCACUGAGCCUGUCGUUGAAGUGACCACCGACGCUAAUGCUUCAGGAUCAUCUACCACUGAGGCGGACAAUAUUGUUGUCGGUACAACUGAGGUCUCUGACGUCACCACUGACGCUGCAACAACUGAGCCUGUCGUUGAAGUGACCACCGACGCUACUGCUUCAGGAUCAUCUACCACUGAGGCGGACAAUAUUGUUGUCGGUACAACUGAGGUCUCUGACGUCACCACUGACGCUGCAACGGUAUCAGACACCACUGACGCUGCAACCACUGAGCCUGUCGUUGAAGUGACCACCGACGCUACUGCUUCAGGAUCAUCUACCACUGAGGUGGACAAUAUUGUUGUCGGUACAACUGAGGUCUCUGACGUCACUACUAACGCUUCGACGGAAUCAGACACCACUGACGCUGAAACCACUGAGCCUGUCGUUGAAGUGACCACCGACGCUACUGCUUCAGGAUCAUCUACCACUGAGGCGGACAAUAUUGUUGUCGGUACAACUGAGGUCUCUGACGUCACCACUGACGCUACAACGGUAUCAGACACCACUGACGCUGCAACCACUGAGCCUGUCGUUGAAGUGACCACCGACGCUACUGCUUCAGGAUCAUCUACCACUGAGGUCGACAAUAUUGUUGUCGGUACAACUGAGGUCUCUGACGUCACUACUAACGCUUCGACGGAAUCAGACACCACUGACGCUGAAACCACUGAGCCUGUAGUUGAAGUGACCACCGACGCUGCUCCUUCAGGAUCAUCUACCACUGAGGCGGACAAUAUUGUUGUCGGUACAACUGAGGUCUCUGACGUCACCACUGACGCUACAACGGUAUCAGACACCACUGACGCUGCAACCACUGAGCCUGUCGUUGAAGUGACCACCGACGCUACUGCUUCAGGAUCAUCUACCACUGAGGUGGACAAUAUUGUUGUCGGUACAACUGAGGUCUCUGACGUCACUACUAACGCUUCGACGGAAUCAGACACCACUGACGCUGAAACCACUGAGCCUGUAGUUGAAGUGACCACCGACGCUACUGCUUCAGGAUCAUCUACCACUGAGGCGGACAAUAUUGUUGUCGUUACAACUGAGGUCUCUGACGUCACCACUGACGCUGCAACGGUAUCAGACACAACUGACGCUGCAACCACUGACCCAGUCGUUGAAGUGACCACCGACGCUACUGCUUUAGGAUCAUCUACCACUGAGGAGUGUGCCAGUGAUGUCAUAUCCACAGAAGUCAGCGACGUCACCACUGACGCUGCAACGGUAUCAGACACUACUGACGCUGCAACCACUGAGCCUGUCGUUGAAGUGACCACCGACGCUACUGCUUCAGGAUCAUCUCCCACUGAGGCGGACAAUAUUGUUGUCGGAACAACUGAUGUCUCUGACGUCACCACUGACGCUGCAACGGUAUCAGACACCACUGACGCUGCAACCACUGAGCCUGUCGUUGAAGUGACCACCGACGCUAAUGCUUCAGGAUCAUCUACCACUGAGGCGGACAAUAUUGUUGUCGGUACAACUGAGGUCUCUGACGUCACCACUGACGCUGCAACCACUGAGCCUGUCGUUGAAGUGACCACCGACGCUACUGCUUCAGGAUCAUCUACCACUGAGGCGGACAAUAUUGUUGUCGGUACAACUGAGGUCUCUGACGUCACCACUGACGCUGCAACGGUAUCAGACACCACUGACGCUGCAACCACUGAGCCUGUCGUUGAAGUGACCACCGACGCUACUGCUUCAGGAUCAUCUACCAUUGAGGCGGACAAUAUUGUUGUCGGUACAACUGAGGUUUCUGACGUCACCACUGACGCUACAACGGUAUCAGACACCACUGACGCUGCAACCACUGAGCCUGUCGUUGAAGUGACCACCGACGCUACUGCUUCAGGAUCAUCUACCACUGAGGCGGACAAUAUUGUUGUCGGUACAACUGUGGUCUCUGACGUCACCACUGACGCUGCAACCACUGAGCCUGUCGUUGAAGUGACCACCGACGCUACUGCUUCAGGAUCAUCUACCACUGAGGCGGACAAUAUUGUUGUCGGUACAACUGAGGUCUCUGACGUCACCACUGACGCUGCAACGGUAUCAGACACCGCUGACGCUGCAACCACUGAGCCUGUCGUUGAAGUGACCACCGACGCUACUGCUUCAGGAUCAUCUACCAUUGAGGCGGACAAUAUUGUUGUCGGUACAACUGAGGUUUCUGACGUCACCACUGACGCUACAACGGUAUCAGACACCACUGACGCUGCAACCACUGAGCCUGUCGUUGAAGUGACCACCGACGCUACUGCUUCAGGAUCAUCUACCACUGAGGCGGACAAUAUUGUUGUCGGUACAACUGAGGUCUCUGACGUGACCACUGACGCUACAACGGUAUCAGACACCACUGACGCUGCAACCACUGAGCCUGUCGUUGAAGUGACCACCGACGCUACUGCUUCAGGAUCAUCUACCACUGAGGCGGACAAUAUUGUUGUCGGUACAACUGAGGUCUCUGACGUGACCACUGACGCUACAACGGUAUCAGACACCACUGACGCUGCAACCACUGAGUCUGUCGUUGAAGUGACCACCGACGCUACUGCUUCAGGAUCAUCUACCACUGAGGCGGACAAUAUUGUUGUCGGUACUACUGAGGUCUCUGACGUCACCACUGACGCUGCAACCACUGAGCCUGACGUUGAAGUGACCACCGACGCUACUGCUUCAGGAUCAUAUACCCCUGAGGCGGACAAUAUUGUUGUCGGAACAACUGAGGUCUCUGACGUCACCAAUGACGCUACAACGGUAUCAGACACCACUGACGCUGCAACCACUGAGCCUGUCGUUGAAGUGACCACCGACGCUACUGCUUCAGGAUCAUCUACCACUGAGGCGGACAAUAUUGUUGUCGGUACAACUGAGGUCUCUGACGUCACCACUGACGCUGCAACGGUAUCAGACACCACUGACGCUGCAACCACUGAGCCUGUCGUUGAAGUGACCACCGACGCUACUGCUUCAGGAUCAUCUACCACUGAGGCGGACAAUAUUGUUGUCGGUACAACUAAAGUCCCUGACUCAACCACUGAUUCUUCAUAUGCAGUCUCUUCAGAACGACCACUUCUUACCACCGAUUCUUCAGUUAUAACGACAACAUCUAAAGUAUCGACGCCUAUGUCAUCAACCAUUAAACCCGGUGUGUAUGAAGGAAUCACAGAUGCACCUUGUAAUGAAUUCGAUGUGAUUCUUGGUUCUGGAUGCAACGAAGAUAAAAUCGAAUCUUUUGAAGAAACUUCUGACCCACCGUGUGGUGAAAGUGCAGACGUCGAAUUGGACUCCGGUUGCAGUGAAGAUUCAACAGACACUCUUCUUGCUUCUUCGACUCCUAUAUCUGAAAAAAUAUCUUUCCAAGAUACUGAGACAACCACCUCUAAAACUUAUUCACCUGAAAAAAUUACAAAUCCGCCUUGUAAUGAAUCUGUGAAUGGCAAUGAAGAUGUGAGUUAUAGUGAAGAUAAAACAGAAUCCACAUUUAGUACGUCAAGUCCUGUUACUGAGAAAGAUGUAUCUUCCGAAGAUUAUAAAUUUGGGACCACAACAUCAAAGACUUAUUCAUUUGAAGAAAUUACGAACGCACCUUGCGAUGAAACUGUGAAUGACAGCAAAGAUGCUGGUUGUAGUGAAGAUGUAACAGAACCCACAGUAAGUACAGUACGCUCUAUUACUGACAACGACGUUGUUUUCGAAGAUUAUAAAUUAGAGACUACAACAUCAAAGACUUAUUCAUUUGAAGAAAUUACCAACGCGCCUUGUGAUGAAACUGUGAAUGACAGUAAAGAUGCUAAUUGUAGCGAAGAUAUCACAGAAUUUACAGUUAGUACAGUAGGUCCUAUUACUACAACAUCAAAAACUGAUUCACUUGAAGAAAUUCCGAACGCGCCUUGUGAUGAAACUGAGAUUGGCAGUAAAGAUGCUGAUUGUAGCGCAGAUAUAACAGAAUCUACAGUUAGUACUGUAAGUCCUAUUCCUGAUGAAGACGUAUCUUCCAAAGAUUAUAAUUUUGAGACAACAACAUCAAAAACUUACUCACUUGGAGAGAUUACGAACGCGCCUUGUGAUGAAACUGUGAAUGACAGUCAAGAUGCUGGUUGUAGUGAAGAUAUAACAGAAUCCACAGUUAGUACAUUAAGACCUGUUUCUGAUGAAGAUGUAUCUUUCAAAGAUAAUAAUCCUGAGACAACAACAUCAAAGACUUACUCCCUUGAAGAGAUUACGAACGCGCCUUGUGAUGAAACUGUGAAUGACAGUCAAGAUGCUGGUUGUAGUGAAGAUAUAACAGAAUCCACAGUUAGUACAUUAAGACCUGUUGCUGGCGAAGAUGUAUUUUUCGAAGACAAUAAUCCUGAGACAACAACAUCACAGACAAAUUUAAUUGAAGAAAUUACGAACGCGCCUUGCAAUGAAUCUUUGGAUGUAAUUGUAGACGCUGGUUGUAGUGAAGAUGUUACGGAUUCCGCUAUCACUACUUUUAAUCCUGCAUCAGAUGAAGAUAAUGAGACAACAACCUCUAACAGUAAUUUAGUUGAAGAUCUUACUCAUGCACCUUGUGAUGAAGGCGAUGAUAGUAGCUUGAACACUAAUUGUGAUGAAGAUGUCACAGCGGUUAGUUCCAUUGAGACUUCUACUCCUGGUUACAGAAACGAAGAUAUUUCAGAAACAAUCGUAGUCGAAGAUGUCACAUUUAAAGCAACUUCAAAAUCUGAGUCAGCAUCACUUGAAGAAAUAACUCACGCACCUUGUGAUGAAACUACCAAUGGUAAUUUGGACACUGAUUGUAUUGAAGACUUAACUGAGUCAGCGGUUAGUACUGAUAAUGCAGAAACAACUACUAGUAAUCCAGUAUCAGAUAACUCUUUCUGUGAAGAAGAUGAAAUACCAAUUUUGCGGACCACGACAACUACGACGUCUACACCAAAAACUGUACUUGAUAAAGUACGCGACGCCUUAACUAUAUGGUGA